CAACUCGCGUGUAAUCCAGACAGGAAGCGAGUUACAGUGCAAGUUAAGCCGCUUGUUGUAUAAAAGCCCCGUUGAGAUCUCACAAAUCUCCACAAUUCAACUUUGAUCCGGUGCUGAUAUGUGCGUCAAAAAUAUGAACACUGUGGUGCGACAGAUAACGCUGACGUUGAUGGUGAGUAGUCUAGGGAUAGUUUACUGCGAACCACCGUUGAGUAACCAAUAUGGCGUUCCUGCAAAUUUGCCGGUAAGCAACAAUCACGAAUCUCAGGGAGGCAUAACAAAUAGCUACGGUGCUCCAUUGGGACCAUCUCCUGAUGGUCAUACUCAUCACGACGAGCAUCAGGACUACAUUGACAGUCAGCCAAAAUCAUACGAAUUUGGAUACGCAGUUAAAGAUUCAGCAACGGGAAAUGAUUUUGGAAGACAAGAAACAAGCGAUGGUGAAACGGUACGUGGAGAGUAUCGGGUACAACUUCCGGACGGAAGAAUUCAGAUAGUCACGUAUACUGCUGAUUGGCGAACUGGAUUUCAUGCGGACGUCAGAUAUGAGGGUGAAGCUACUUAUCCAGAUCAAUAUAAUACUGGAUAUAACAACAACAAUAAUAAUAACAACAACAAUGGAUACAACAACAACAACUUAAACAAUAAUAACAACAAUCUUGGUUAUAACAAUAAUAACUUUAACAAUUAUAAUAAUGCACCUGGAUACAAUUACGAUAAUCCAAAUCCAAAUCCUACCAAUACUUACCAAAGAGGUUACAACUACAAUCCCGGCAAUCAAGGACCAUAUAAUAAUAAUAAUAACAACAACAACUAUCAAUUUGGAUCACAAGGGCACAACCAAUACAAUAAUGGUUACUCUGGAAGUAAUUCUUUUGGAUCUCAAGUACCACCACGACCAACCUAUGGUACACCACAGUUUCACUGAAUAUCAACAAAGUUGAUAUACUUUUAAAUGGAUUUAAAUGUUGUGAAAGAGAACAACAGCCAUGACGUUUAUUGAUUCACCCGUUGCGGUAAUGAGAAAUUUAUUUCGAGGGUUGGGGAGCAAAAAACUAAGUGACAAACCAACACACUAUACACAUCAUUUUUUUUUACUUUUUUUUCCGUUUAACUGUAUAUAAAUAAAAUAGACUUAUUUUUUUGCUUAUGCAAUAUCCUGGAUGAAUUACCAGAAUGUAUUCUUUUGGCUGAUAUGAUUAUAGUCUUAUUUUUAUUAUUAUUAUAUUUUAUUUUUUCCUCAAACACUUUGUACAUAUAA